AUGGAAUUGUCGUCAGGGUUAUUAAGAGAUAUCGGUAAAUUGUAUUUUGAAGCGAAUGAUUAUAAUCUGCAAAUUACGGUCGGAGGAGUAGACGAAUCUAUCGAAAGAGAAACGUUUAAGGCACAUUCGGUAAUUCUUCGUGCAAGAUCUACAUAUUUUCAAAAUCUAUUUUCUAACGAUCAAAUAAAAAAAGAUGGUGAAUGGUUCACAUUCGAAAAAUCAAAUAUACAUCCAGACGUAUUUCGAUUACUACUAGAAUGUUCAUUGUUAACGAUAAUUAAGCGUGAUGAUUUGGAUUUGAGCGAAGUUGAUAUAUGGAAAUAUUUGUUACAAUGGGCGAUUAAUCAACACCCUUUACUUAAUACAUCAGGUGAUGCUGAUUCAUGGACGAAAAAGGAUUUCAUGGAGUUGGAGAAUCGACUAAAAGACUUUCUUCCUUAUAUAAGAUUUUUUCAAAUACCAGGUGAUAAAUUAUACGAAUUUGUUUGGCCUUUUAAGAAGAUUUUACCAAAGAAAUUGAAGGCUCAAUUAACUCAAUUUCAUAUGAUGCCAAAUACUGAAUUACCACCUUUGGGUAUUAGUUACAAUUUAUCGCUGCGUUUACCCAAACAUAAUAUUGAAUCUUUAUACGUUACGUCCAAACAUGCCGCUAUGUUGAACGCGUGGAUAAACAUGGGAGAGAACGGUCCAACCUUAAUGUUAGUUAAAGUGCUUGUCAUCGAAGUUAAUAACAUUUGCGGUAGUGAUGAUGUUGAUAGUUGCGAUAGCAUUCAUGAGGAUGAUCUCAAUGAGAUUUGUAAUAGUAGUGUCCUUAGUAACUCCACAAGUCAUUUUUCUACAAUUCGUUCUAAUGCCAGUGUUUCCGUGAUCGGAGGAUAUAAUCCUUUAAGCUGGAGCUCAUCGGACACAUAUUUGCAGACGAGCGAUUCGUUUAUCUUUUCGUUCGCAAAUUCAGAUACUUGUGAACAAGAUGAAUAUAUUUUAAGUAGGGUGCAAAAUUCUCGAUAUUCGAUUCGUGAUAUGUCAUGUAAAUUGAAUAAUGUUGGAUUCGGUCAUGAUCUCUGGUGGUUUAGCGAAGAGCUUUAUGUUGAGGAAAAUGAGAGUAUUAAUUGGACUGAAGUGAAAAGCUCUAAAGAAGAAUUGAGCAAUGGACAAUUGUUUAGUGUUAAAAAUUUUGUCGCUAUUGAUACUUAUAAUGAAAGCGAUGGGAGUGUGUUAAAUGUUGGUGAGGAUACAAAGAGUUUUAAAAGUGAAGAUAAUAGUUUAGAAAAUGAA